CGUCGCUGCCGUUGUCGUCUACCAAGCUCAAGUUCCAACCAUGUCUACCGCGCACAGACCCACAUGGGAUCCCGCUCAAGCCAAAGAUGUCAAAGGCGGCUCACGGCAAUACUCAGUCCGUGACAUGGCUGCCCACACGAAACUCAAGUUUCGUCAGCCAGGGCAAACUUCGGUAGGAGAGGUCUCGCGGAGAGAUUUAAGAGCGGAGCUACUCGCCGCGGAGGAGGACGCGCGAAAUAGGAAGCGGAAAGCGGAAGGAAAGCCACCUUUACCUGCUGUCGCCGACGGCACUGCCAACGGAGGAGGCGAAGACGAAGAAGCGAGCAAGAGACGGAAAAUGCUACAAGAGGCUCUAGAACUGGACAAGGACGAGGAUGAUGAUGAUGAGGACGACAAAUCUGAGGAUGAGACUUCUCAGAAGGCGAACAAUGAUGCCAUGGACGAGAGCGAGGAAGAAGAAUCCGAGGAAGAGGACGAUACAGACGAACUCCUGCGCGAACUAGAAAAGAUCAAACGGGAACGUGCAGAAGAAAAGGCCCGGCAAGAAAGGGCGGACUCCGCCGCAAAAGCAGCAGCCCGCAAAGUAGAAAUAGCCACCUCAAACCCACUUCUGAACCUCGCGGCAGCACUGGGACAGGCUCCCGGUGUCAAUACUACCGUUCCAGGAACUUUCUCUGUGAAACGACGGUGGGAUGAUGACCUCAUUUUCAAGAACCAGGCAAUGAACCAGAAGAGGGAUUCAUCUGGUCAAUUCGUGAACGACCUGCUCCGUACCGAAUUCCACAAAAAGUUCAUGGCAAAAUUUAUCAAGGUGAGCCUUUCGAAAGACCUACGGGGUUUGCCCUAGAAUCUUGAUGGUCGUCUUUUUUUAUAGUGAUCAUGGCCCAACGCAUCG